AUGAGCGAUGAACAUAGCAGGAAGAUGGCGGUCCAGACUGUGGCCGCCGUCUUUCUACCGAUCGCUACCAUUAGUGUGUUGCUACGCAUCUAUGUGCGUGGAUGGAUUGUCAAGGCUUUUGGAUGGGAUGAUGGUGCGAUGGUGGUGGCAUUGUACUCGAAAUCUGACUCGAUCCAACAACAGCUGUUUUAUGCCAUGUUCUGCGGCUGCAUGAUCGGAGGCACCAUAUACGGCACAGGAUACAAGUUUGCGCAUCUUGAUCCCAUCAACGCCGCUAUUGCCAUGAAAUACUGGUGGCUGUGCGAAAUCGCCUACUGCUUUUCUUCCAUCGCAUGCAAGAUCUCCGUCUGCAUUUUCUUGAUGCGCAUCACCAUCCGACGACUUCAUAUUUGGUCCCUUUACAUCGUCAUGGCCUUGACCGUUCUUGCUGGAUUGGUCUUCAUGUUCUUGAUGCUCCUACAGUGCCACCCAUUGGAAUAUUUCUGGAUGCGGGCAGCGGAUCCCAACGGAGGUUGGUGCAUCGAUAUUGGUAUCAUCAUUAGCAUGACCUACGUCUACAGCGCAUUUGCCGCAUUGUGUGAUUUUACCGUGGGUAUAUUGCCCAUCUUCCUCGUGCACAAGUUGCACAUGAAACGCCAGACCAAGAUUGCUGUGAUGGGCAUUUUGAGUAUGGCUUGCAUUGCUUCAUCUGCGGUCAUCGUCCGUAUUCCCUUCGUCAGCACCUUUGCCGACACUGAUUUCCUUUAUGCCACAAUUCAAAUCGCCAUCUGGUCCAACAUCGAAGCCGGCCUGGGCAUCACAGCCGGCAGUCUCGCAACCCUUCGGCCCCUCCUCCGCGUCAUCAUAGGCUCCCGCACUGACCCAGACUACUCGAGUGGGUUUCCAGGUGGACGAUCACGCUCCGCCUCGCGCCAGCUGGCUGGACAUGAGCAUGCAUUUCCGCUCGGUUCCAUAGACGACACUCCUCAAUCUCGACUGAGACCGGAUAAGCUUGCCGUUACUGUGACGACAAUCAAAAGCCAGCGUGAUGGUGAUACUUACGCUGAGUCUUCGAGUCCGAGUAGUAGUGAGGAGAGGUUAACGUUUGAUCGACAUGUGGGAAUCCACAGAACUACGGAAGUCACGCAAACUACUACGGACACCUACGAAAAUGAGCCCAAGACUACGCGAGAGCACGUAUGA